AUGCCCCGGACACUGAGUGCCUCCGACAUGGUCACCCCGGGCAGCUUCAGCCCACCUCCCACAGAGUCCACAGAAGGCGAGCAGGCUGGACAGCCCCUCCUAGAUGGAGCUCCAUCUUCAGCCUCUCUGGACACCCUGAUUCAGCACCUAGUGCCCACAGCCGAUUACUACCCCGAGAAAGCCUACAUCUUCACCUUCCUGCUGAGCUCGCGUCUCUUCAUCGAGCCCCGGGAGCUCCUGGCUCGGGUGUGCCACCUGUGCAUAGAGCAGCAACAGCUCGACAAGCCGGUGCUGGACAAGGCCCGAGUCCGGAAGUUUGGUGCCAAAUUGCUCCAGUUGUUGGCUGAGUGGACUGAAACCUUCCCACGGGACUUUGAAGAGGAGUCCACCAUCGGACACCUGACAGACGUGGUGGGCCGCAUCGCCCCCUGUGACGAGACCUACGGGAACAGGAUGCAUCAGCUCCUGCAGACUCUGCACCAGAAACUGGCAUCACUUGGCCAGGGGCCAGAAGGCCUGGUAGGGGCGGACAAGCCCAUCUCGUACAGGACCAAGCCACCAGCCUCCAUCCACAGGGAACUCCUAGGUGUCUGCAGUGACCCCUACACGCUGGCCCAGCAACUGACCCAUGUGGAGCUGGAGCGAUUAAGACACAUUGGACCUGAAGAAUUUGUCCAGGCUUUUGUGAACAAGGACCCCCUGGAGGGCACAAAGCCCCGCUUCAAUGACAAGACGAACAACGUAGAGGCCUAUGUGAAGUGGUUCAACCGGCUGUGCUAUCUCGUAGCGACUGAAAUCUGCAUGCCAGCCAAGAAGAAGCAGAGAGCACAGGUGAUCGAGUUCUUCAUUGACGUGGCCCGCGAGUGCUUCAACAUCGGCAACUUCAACUCCCUCAUGGCCAUUAUCUCCGGCAUGAACAUGAGCCCUGUCUCCAGGCUGAAGAAGACUUGGGCCAAAGUGAAAACAGCCAAGUUCUUCAUCCUAGAGCACCAGAUGGACCCCACGGGGAAUUUCUGCAACUAUAGGACAGCCCUGCGUGGGGCAGCUCACCGCUCGCUGACUGCUCACAGCAGCAGAGAGAAGAUUGUCAUCCCCUUCUUCAGCCUGCUCAUCAAGGACAUCUACUUCCUCAAUGAAGGCUGUGCCAACCGCCUUCCCAAUGGGCAUGUCAACUUCGAGAAGUUUCUGGAACUGGCCAAACAGGUUGGAGAGUUCAUCACCUGGAAACAAGUGGAAUGUCCUUUUGAGCAAGAGCCCAGCAUCACUCAUUACCUGCACACUGCCCCCAUCUUCAGCGAGGACGGUCUGUAUUUGGCUUCCUAUGAGAGUGAGAGCCCAGAGAACCAAACAGAAAAGGAGAGGUGGAGGUCUCUAAGAUCUUCUAUUCUGGGGAAGACAUGAGAAGUCCUGAGACAGAGGAAGAGGAAGAGGAAGCAGUGGAGCUGACACAGCCCAUCCCAACCUCGUCGCAGAUGGCCCAACGGGUGGAGG